ACAUACCACAAUGAGGACGGCUGUAUUGUUUCUGGCUUUGAUGCCAUUUGUGUUCUCGGCUCAUGUUGUGCAGGACAGAUUCAUUGAAUCUCUACUCGGCGGAUACGAUAUCAUAGAUUUGGCUAAGCAGCUUCUUGCUCAGUUCGGUACAGACGAAACCGAGGCGCAAUGUGAGCACAAUUUUUGCCCUGAACUCGUCAACAAAAUUGACGGACACAACCAACUCAUCACAGGCCUGGUGUGUGCUGCUGUUUGCAAAGAGGCUCAAGUUCUUGCACAUAACUUCGUUACAACCGCUGCACCACUUGGAGGGAAAUAG